GAGACAUCCAAUGAAGACAUGGGACAAGAGAAUGCAACACUGCUGACCGAAUUUGUUCUCUCAGGACUCCCUCAUCUGCCACACUGGAAAAUCCCUCUUUUCCUCCUGUUCUCAGUGAUCUAUCUCAUCACCAUUGUGGGAAACCUUGGUCUUAUCACUCUCAUUUGGAGUGACCCUCACCUUCACAUCCCCAUGUACUUCUUUCUCGGUAAUUUAGCCUUUGUGGAUACUUGGUUAUCAUCUACAGUGACACCAAAGAUGUUGCUCAACCUCUUAGCUAAGAGUAAACUGAUCUCUGUGCCUGAAUGCCUGGUGCAAUUCUUUUCAUUUGUAAACAGUGCAACCACAGAAUGCUUUCUCUUGGCAGCAAUGGCCUAUGAUCGCUAUGCAGCCAUAUGCAAACCUUUACUUUACCCAAUGGUUAUGACAAAUAGACUCUGCGUCUGUUUGCUGGUCUUGUCAUUUGUAGGUGGAUUUAUUCAUGCUUUAAUUCAUGAAGGCUUUUUAUUCAGAUUAACCUUCUGUAAGUCCAACAUAAUACACCACUUUUACUGUGACGUUAUGCCAUUGUUAAAGAUUUCCUGUUCUGACCCGUCUCUUAAUUUUUUAAUUGUUUUUAUUUUCUCUGGUUCAAUCCAGGUAUUCACUAUUUUGACUAUUAUUUUCUCUUACACACUUGUUCUCUUUUCAAUCUUAAAGCAGAAAUCUAUCAAAAGCAUAAGCAAAGCCUUCUCCACCUGUGGAGCCCAUCUCUUGUCUGUGUCUUUAUACUAUGGCUCCCUACUGUUCAUGUAUGUGCGCCCUGCAUCUCUGCAAGUAGGUGAUCAAGAUAUGAUGGACUCUGUAUUUUACACUGUCAUAAUUCCUGUGCUGAAUCCAAUUAUCUACAGUCUGAGAAAUAAACAAGUCAAAAAUUCACUGGCAAAACUGCUACAAAAAAAUACUUAG